GCGGGGCGGGCGGGGCCCGAGUUUCCAAUCACAAUAGCGGAAGCGCCGAGCGGCCCGGCCCGGCCCGCCCCCGCCAGCGCCCCGCCGAGCCCAGCGCCCGCGCGCCUGACAUUGUCUCGGGCCCCGCUGCUCCGCGCCGUGCACGAUGGCAACCCUGAAGGAAAAGCUGAUCGCACCCGUUGCAAAGGAGGAUGCUUCAAUCCCGAACAAUAAGAUCACUGUCGUGGGUGUGGGGCAGGUCGGGAUGGCCUGUGCCAUCAGCAUUCUGGGAAAGUCUCUGGCGGAUGAGCUUGCCCUGGUGGAUGUGUUGGAGGAUAAACUCAAAGGAGAAAUGAUGGAUCUGCAGCACGGGAGCCUGUUUCUUCAGACUCCUAAAAUCGUGGCCGACAAAGAUUACUCCGUGACGGCCAACUCUAAGAUCGUGGUGGUGACAGCUGGAGUCCGCCAGCAGGAGGGGGAGAGCCGACUCAACCUGGUGCAGAGGAACGUCAACGUCUUCAAGUUCAUCAUCCCUCAGAUCGUCAAGUACAGCCCGAACUGCAUCAUCAUUGUGGUCUCCAACCCAGUGGAUAUUCUCACCUACGUGACCUGGAAACUCAGUGGAUUGCCCAAGCACCGCGUGAUUGGGAGCGGGUGUAAUCUGGACUCGGCUCGGUUUCGCUAUCUGAUGGCCGAGAAGCUUGGCAUUCACCCCAGCAGCUGCCACGGGUGGAUUCUGGGAGAACACGGUGACUCGAGCGUGGCCGUGUGGAGUGGCGUCAACGUGGCAGGUGUGUCUCUCCAGGAACUGAACCCAGACAUGGGCACAGACCACGACAGUGAAAAUUGGAAGGAAGUGCACAAGAUGGUGGUGGAAAGUGCCUAUGAGGUCAUCAAGCUGAAGGGAUAUACCAACUGGGCCAUUGGCCUGAGCGUGGCUGAUCUCAUUGAGACGAUGUUCAAGAAUCUCUCCCGGAUUCACCCUGUAUCAACCAUGGUGAAGGGAAUGUAUGGCAUUGAGAAUGAAGUCUUCCUGAGCCUACCCUGCAUCCUGAAUGCUCGCGGCUUGACCAGUGUUAUCAACCAGAAGCUGAAGGAUGAUGAGGUCGCGCAACUCAAGAAAAGCGCUGAUACCCUGUGGAACAUCCAGAAGGACCUCAAAGACCUGUGACUGCAGGCUGCCAGGCUGUAGAAAUGUGCAGGCGACGCCGUGACGGACCCGGCGCCUUUAGUUUCCAUCCGUGUACGUGCAUCUCAGUCAGCUUUUACCUUCCUCAACAUGUGAAAUCGGGGCACUCCAAAGUCAAAGCCCUCACUGGCUUAGUGCUUGCAGUAUGAGCUUUUGAACAAAUAAUAAAUUAAUGACUGUAGUGUA